AUGCCUCCUUGGCCUCGUGAUAUUUUUGUCACAAAAAAACAUAUCUAUGUAGCAGAAUCGGGUAGUUUUCGUGUCUUAAGAUUGUCAAAAAAGGGAACAAAUGCAGUUGCCGUUGUUGGAGUCAUGAAUGAGCCUGCAAAUGUUUUCGAUGUGACGGAUUCGACGAAAAUUGGCCUUGAAGUGGUUCUAUUUGUUGAUAAUAAUGAGAACUUAUAUGUCAGUGAUACUAUUAAUGGUAAAGUACUUUGGUUUCCAUCAAACUCAACCAGUGGUUUUCCUGGUGUCAUAGUCGCUGGAAGUACUAUGCCAGGAGAAGAUUCUUCACAUUUAGCUUUUCCACACGGUAUUUUUGUCAGUGAAAUUGGCACAAUAUACGUUGCGGAUGCUGGAAAUAAUCGAAUUCAAAGAUGGGAGAAAGGAUCGUUUUUUGGUGUCACAGUAGCAGGAACUGGAAAACCCGGUAGCAAUUUGAAUGAACUAAAAUUUCCAACAGAUGUUGUCGUUGAUUCGAAAGGAUACAUGUACAUUGUGGAUGCUCAAAACAAUCGUGUUUUACGAUGGCAGCCAGAUUCGGUAUAUGGUGAGUGUAUUGUGGCUUGUACUGGUAGUUUUGGAAAUCAUCCUCAUAUGUUAAAAAUGCCAACAUCAAUGGCUUUCGAUAGCUAUGGAUCUCUCUUUAUUGUUGAUUCACUGAAUUCUCGAAUACAAAAAUUUCAAAUUUUUGAAAAAUUUGAUCAGUAUACAACACCACGAGCCACAAAACCAACUAAAACAUCAGCAACAAAAUCAACAACAACCGAAACGACAUCAAUAACAACGACAAAAAAAUUAAUGACAACAGGGCCAAUAACAUCGCCGACAACAACAACGAAAACAGUAGUAAUCGGAACAACAACAUCAUCAACAACAACAACAGCAAAAUCUAGAACAAUUAUCCACAAAAUAG